AUGGAUUUAGUUAAUCGAUUAGUUGUGACCCCAAGAAAGAGUAGAUUGGCUCGUACCUUUGCCAAGGUUUUGCAUAUUCGACCUCAACCUGCAACGACGAUUGAUUAUAAUGAAGAAACUUUUCCGUUCUAUUUUGUUGAUUCAAAGCUUGCUCUUCUAUUUACUGUGGCUUCGGUAGGGAUAAACUAUAGACAGAUCGCCAACAAUCUUCCUUCACCGGAGCAUGUGGUUCCGUUGGUAAAAUCCAUUGGUGCCACCAGAGUGAAGCUCUAUGUUGUCGAUCCUAAGGCGCUCAAAGCUUUUGCAAACACUGGGUUUGAGUUUAUUGUGGGGUUAGGUAAUGAGUACCUUUCGAAGAUGACAAAUCCAUUUAAUGCUCAAGCUUGGGUGAAGGCUAAUGUUCAGUGUUACUUAUCGGCGACUAAAAUCACCUCCAUUACCGUCGGAAAUGAAGUAUUGACAUUCAAUGAUACAUCUCUAUCUGGGUGUUUUCUUCCGACGAUGCAGAGUCUACAUACUGCUCUUGUGAAUCUGAAAUUAGUCAGUCAGGUUAAUGUUACCACUGCACAUUUUGUUGUUAUUCUUCAAUCUUCGUAUCCGCCAUCGACGAGAGCUUUCCGACAAUAUCUGAAAGGAUGUACCAAAUUGCAUUACGAUAACAUGGUGUUCACUCAGAUCGAUGCGGUCUACGCCGCUCUAUCAUCGCUAGGUUACAAGAAGCUCCCAGUUCAGAUCUCGGAGACUGGAUGGCCGUCGAAAUGA